UUUCCAUAGAAACUUCUAUAUUAUUUUCCUCUUUUGGGAGGACACUUCUCUAUUUUUAUACUUUUUAUAUUUUACAGAUUCUUUAUGAAACAUAAUACUUUACGAGCCGUGUUUCAAUUCUCAUUUUUCAUCGGAAUAUGCACUUUUAUUAUGAUAGCCGGGUACUCGUAUCAAAUCAAUUAUAAUCAGAGAAUGGGGAUUUUUUACGGAGGAAAUAUAACAUUUAAAAAGGUACCAAAAGUUGUAAUAUACACUGCCACUCCAUUUUUCGAUGUACCCAUUGAAAAUUCAAUUUUACGGGAUUGUUCUGAAAAAAUUAAAAACUCGUGCACUGUUACAAGCAAUAAUAAGACUUUUCCAAUUGCGGAUGCCAUUGUAUUCCACUCACGGGAUAUCAAUGAGACGAAACUCUCAUUUUUCAAUAAAAAUCGACGAUAUGAUAUUCCAUAUAUCAUGAUGGCUAUGGAAAAUCCAUUUUUUGCUGGCUUAACUGUAUAUCAUAACUUUUUUAAUUGGACAAUGACUUAUCGCACCGAUUCUGAUAUUUUCCAUCCAUAUGGGGCAUUUGUGAAGAGUUAUGUGCCAGCUGAAGUGAACUACAGCGAAAUCUGGAAUUCGAAAACAAAAGAAACACUCUGGAUGGUCUCAAAUGGAAAUGCACAGAACAAACGAAAGGAAUUGGUUGAAAAAUUAAUUAAAAAAGGAAUGAGUAUUGAUUUAUACGGACAAUUAUACAAAAAGGAACCUGCUGAAUGUCCAAGGCGCAGAGGUCCUCCCGGGUGUGAUGUGAAGUUCCAUUCACCCUACAAAUUCGCCAUCGCUUUUGAAAACAGUAACUGCAAGGAUUACGUGACCGAGAAAUUCUGGAAAAAAGCAGGUAUUUACAAGACAGUUCCCAUUGUGAUGUCUAGAAAAAUUUAUAGAGAUCUUGGAAUCCCAGAUUCAAUGUACAUCGCAGUUGAUGACUACCCGAAUCUUGAAGAAUUUGUGCAUCAUAUCCAAAAUGUGACAUCUAAUGAAGAGGAGUAUAUGAAAUAUCAUAAGUGGAGAAAACAAUUCAAAAUUGUGGAUACCAAUGAGGGAAACAUCGGGUUUUGCCAAUUGUGUCAAAAGCUGGCGGGUUACAAAAGAAAACUGGUACCUCACAAAGUUUACGAGAAUUUAAACUCUUGGCAUAGCACUUCGACUUGUGAUAAUUCGUUUGCAACUCGGUUUUUAUGAUUUUUGAAGUUAAAAUAAAGAUUUAAAUUA